AUGUCGCUCAUCUCGGCGCACAACUCUCCCAUGAUCUCCAUACCGAAGAAGACGACGGAGGAGGUCGACUGGACGGGCCCCAUCCGCAACGCGAUCGCCCAUUCGUAUGGCGAGGACCCGGAUAACUACGCAACCGAGUGCUCGAACCUCCAGCGAUGCAGGCAGGAUGCGGUCAAGGGUGCAGGGAGCGACGUGACAGCUAAGGACCUACUGCACAAGUACUUCGGCCAGCUCGAACUCCUCGAGCUCCGCUUCUCAGAAAUCCGCGUCAACUUCCCGUGGCGAGACGCGUUCACGAACAAGCUCACGACCCAGACGUCGAUCGCGUUCGAGAAGGCGUCCAUCAUCUUCCAGAUCGCGGCGACGCACUCCGCCAUCGCGGCCUCGCAGAACAGGUCCGACCCCGAGGGCCUCAAACGCGCGUUCUACUACUUCCGCACCACCGCCGGCAUGCUCACGUACAUCAACGACAACUUUCUCCACGCACCGUCGACGGACCUCAGCCGGGAGGUGAUCAAGUUCCUCGUUGGCAUCAUCCUUGCGCAAGCGACGGAGGUCUUCUUUGAGAAGUGCACGGACGAGAAGAAGGGGAACGCGUUGGUCGCCAAGAUCGCGGCCCAAGCCGGAUUCAUGUACACGGCGCUGGGCGAGGAAGUGAAGGAGUUCAUGGGAAAGGGGAUUUUCGACCGGAACUGGGUGACGGUCAUUCAGACGAAAGCCAAGUACUUCACAUCCGUCUCACAAUACUACCGCGGUCUAGCGGACAGCGCUGCGGGCAAGCACGGCGACGCCCUCGUCCGCUUCACCGCCGCCGAGACCGCGGCGAAGGAGGCGAACCGCACCGCAUCCUCGUUCGCGUCCCUCUUCGUCACCCAGAUGUCCCCCAACCUCCCGCCCGACGCCGGCCCAGCGCUGCAGGACCUCACGAAAGCGCACCUCGCGAUGGUGUCAGACAAGAAGAACGAGGCGCAGAGGGAGAACGACCUGAUCUACAACGCCGUGCUCCCCACCGCCGAGACGCUCCCGCAGAUCGACAAGGCCACGGUCGCGACGCCGAUCACAAUCCAGGAGGUGUACGCAUCGCCUGACGUGCAGAAGGUGAUCGGCGUGGACAUGUUCAUCCGCCUGAUCCCGCUGAGCGUCCACGAGAGCGCGAGCGUGUACUCGGAGGAGAAGGCGAAGCUCGUGCGCGGCGAGGUCGAGAAGGCGGAUAACGCGGAGGUGGAGGUCAAGAGCGCGCUCGACGCGAUGGGCAUCAAGGACGGACUCGUGCGCUACAAGGCGAUCGCGGACGGCGGGGUCGGGGGCGAGGCGGAGCUGCCGAUGGAGGUCCGGCGAUGGAAGGAGGAUAUCGCGCUCAUGGAGGGCCGCGAGGGUGUCGACAGCAUCAUGGUCGAGCUCACCCGCCUUAAGGACAGCGUCAAGCGCGAACUCGAGGGCAUCAGCCGCGACCUCGACGCGGAGAGCCGGGAGUGCGAGGCGAUGCGCGUCAAGUACGACCAUCUGUGGAUGCAAGCCCCAUCGGCAUCGCUCACCAAGUCCAUCCGGCAAGACCUGAAGGCCCACCUUACGGCCCUCGACGCAGCGGCUCAGUCGGACCAGCAGGUCGUCACCAUGUGGGAGUCUAUCAGGGGCGAGAUCAACUUGCUCCUCUCUCCGGAGGUCGAGGACGUCUUCAGGGCAAGUACGGAGAAGGGCGGCACGGAGAGCCUACUGGACCUAGACAUCGGGAGCGAGGCCAAGGAUGACGAGGAGCGGGUCAAGAUCGGUCGUUUCGUGGAUGAGAUUGAGGAGAGGCUGGGGCGGCUGAACAAGAUCUCUCAUGAACGCGGGCAGGUCUUGAAGGAUCUCAAGGAUAAGGUGCAACAAGACGACGUCUCCCAUCUGCUCCUUCUAAAUCGCCGGAACACUGGCGUCGAGAGCACCCUCUUCGCGGGCGAACUCGAGAAGUUCCGCGCGUAUCAGCAACGGCUGGCGGCCACUGUCCGUCACGAGCAAAUCGCCAUCCAGGAGCUGAACACGCUUUGGCGUGGCCUGCGGGACCUUGCUGGCAGGGGCAGCGGGGCGAAGAAAUGGGAGGAACGCGAGAAGCGGAAGAAAGAUACCGUGCGUCGAUUCUCGCGUGCGCGCGACGUGUAUAUGGAAGUCCGCGACGGCCUCGCGAAAGGACUUCAGUUCUACUCGGAGCUUAUCGAGAUGUCAACCAGUCUAAGACGCUCCACCGGAUCGUUCAUCUCAGAGCGUAACGUCGAGCGCGAAACCUUGGCUUCUCAAGCAGAGACCGAACGGAGAUUCGCGAUCCCCAAGAACGCCUCAACACCCAUGUAUGGCGACAAGCCGCCAGUCCCUCCGCCUCCACCGAAACCCUCCACCGGCCUCGAGUCUGCCUUCUCUUCGAUGAAUAUGCACGGUGCGAACGGCUCAAUAUCGCCCCCUCCUGCACCACAGCGCCAGUGGACGUCGCCUCCACCCCAGCAAUACCAACCAUCACCAUCUGCGCCUCCAGGUGCUCCUCCCUCGCAAGGUUUCCCGCCUCCACCCGCCCCAUACACGCCCUCCCAUCCACCCUCUCAGCCCUCUUAUCAACCCUCUGCGCCGCCAUCAGAUCCCUACGCCUCGCUUGGUUUGUUCACAAGCCCUAACACUCCACCGCCUCCACCUGCGCAGCACCAGCAGCACCCCUCGUAUCCCUCGCGACCUCCACCACCGCCGAGCCAGUUGUCUUCCCAAUACGGACAGCCGCCGCAGAGACAAGGAUCGUACCCACCCCCGCCCCCCUCAUCUCAGCCUCAGUACGGUAGCUACCAGAGCACGCCCCCACCACCGCCUAGCAGCGCGUCAUCGAUGCUCCCGCCCCCUCCUCCCCCAAUCAACUACCAAACGCAGUACGGGUCGACGCCCGUCCCUCCCCCUCCCCCACCCCAACAGCCGCAGCAACAGCAGCAGCAGUGGCAGUACCAGAACUACGCGCAGCCGGGCGCGCCGCAGUAUCAGUACGGACAGGGACAAGGUUACGGGCGUUGA